AGUUACAAAAGUAAAAUGCCGCUCAUCUCGACAAAACGUGAAGCCGUAGCCAACCAGCUCCGUGAAUACGCCGGCAAAACCAAGACACCACAAAUAAUCACCGAAGAUUCCGGUAAUCCUAUCCCAGAAAAAGAUGCGAGUCUCACAGUGGGUGUCCACGGUCCAAUCCUGCUUCAAGACAUCACCCAGGUAGAAGAACUCGCCCAUUUUGACCGCGAACGCAUCCCGGAACGUGUUGUACACGCAAAAGGCGGCGGAGCCUUCGGAUACUUUGAAGUAACCCACGACAUCACCUCUUACACCUGCGCGAAAAUAUUCUCUACAAUUGGUAAACGCACCCCGUUGGUUGCCCGCUUCUCACAGGUCAUCAACGAAUCGGGAUCCUCUGAUACAGUUCGAGAUCCACGUGGAUUUGCUAUCAAAUUCCGCACAGAGGAUGGUAACUGGGAUCUGGUUGGAAAUAACACUCCGGUGUUCUUUGUGAGGGAUAGCGUGAUGUUUCCUAGUUUCAUCCACUCACAGAAACGCAAUCCUGUUACCAAUAUACGAAACUGGGAUGCGUAUUGGGAUUUUCUCUCGUUGAGACCCGAAUCCAUGCAUCAGGUGAUGGUUGUCUACUCGGACAGAGGUAUCCCCGAUGGGUAUAGAUACAUGCAUGGGUAUGGAUCUAAUACCUUCUCCAUGAUUGAUUCAGAUGGCAAAGUGAGUUGGGUCAAGUUCCACUAUAGGUCUGACCAAGGUAUACGGAAUAUUUUCGCGGAUCAAGCCAGGAUCCUCGCUGGAGUUGACGCGGAUUAUAGUGUGAGGGAUUUGUACAAUGCCAUAGCCCGAGGGGAUUAUCCAAGUUGGACGUUGAGUAUCCAAGUGAUGACUCCUGAGGAAGCAUCUAGACAACCCUAUGACCCUUUCGAUGUGUCCAAAACAUGGCCCCAUGCGGAUUUUCCUCUUAUACCAGUUGGAAAAAUCACUUUGAACAAAAACCCUUCGAAUUACUUCGCUGAAAUUGAACAACUUGCGUUCAACCCGAGUCAUUUCAUCCCUGGGAUUGAUGCGUCUCCAGAUAGAAUGUUACAAGGAAGGCUGUUUUCCUAUGGGGAUACACAUAGAUAUCGUCUGGGGGUUAACCAUCAACAGUUACCAGUGAAUGCCCCACUGGUCCCCAUCAUGAAUUUCAACCGCAGUGGACGGGAUAUUAUUGAUAGUCAAGGCGGAGCUCCCAAUUAUCAUCCGAAUAGUUUUCAUGGUCCUGAAGCUUCACUAAGAGCUAAAAAGCUUACACCUUCGUUUAGACUGGUUGGGGACACUACGAGGACCGACACUAGUACCCUGGAGGAUAAUUACACCCAGCCGAGGGUUUUAUAUCAACGUGUGUUGCCCGAGGGUGAAAAAGCUAGGCUGGUGGAUAAUGUCGCUUAUGAUUUGAGGAACGCGGCUGGGUUUAUCCAGGAACGGAUGAUUAAUGGGUUCAAGCAGGUGGAUCUUACUCUGGGGGCGUUGAUUGCCGAUGCUGUGCAUAAGUAUAAUCAUCCGAAGAGUGAUCCGAGAGCAGAGAUUUAAUUAUUUUUGUUUUAAAUGCUUUUAUAUGCUUUAAAUGCUUUGCUUUUCUUCCUGUUGUAUCCCUUGAUCCGUACAUGUGUAUCCCGUGUGUUUUAUGCGCGCCUGUGACGUGAAUCUCGCGUAAAGCUCCCACGCCUACAAGUUUACGAAGCUUAGCCGGGAAUAAUCCACGAUUUUCCCACCUCGCUCUUACUAGCAGUGAGUAUUGAUCCGAAAUUGUGCGCCAAUGAGCGGGAGCUUGGUGUGGAUUGGGCGUCGCGACGCUUGUUGUAGAGGUGGUGGUGGUGGUGGGAAUGGAGGCAGUGUGGACGCCGUUUGCCGGCGGCGGGAUUAUGUGCGCCUGAUAGCGUGGACCUCGCGCACGUGAAAGCUCGCACGCUGAAAAGCGGAAAAUUUUCCACCGCCACGCUGCCGCCGCCGGCGGAGGACAGCCUGCGCGGGGACACACUUGUUGCUUGUAUUUUCCAAGCGGUUUGGAGAGCACGUGGGAAAUUUUUGACUUGCGCAAAGCUUCUAAGCUUCUAAGCUUUCAGAAUAGAAAUAUAAAUAUAGAUUGGUGUGCGUAUUGCGCCUUAGUAGUAAUAUAGUUUUAAGUUUAAGUCAGUUUUGAAUUUACUACUGAGUAAUAAUUUUAAUUGAGUUUUUCUUUAAUUUUAUGCGAUUAAUAAUGAUUAAUUGUAAUAAAAAGUGGAUUAUAAAUGAUA